CCUUUGGUCACAUCACAUUUUGUUGUUGUCGCGGUCGGAAAAGUGCACGGAGUUACGGUCGUCGAUUCGUCGAUUUUCCGUUAAAUACUGGAUACAAAUUCCAAAACAAAUGCGCGCACUCGCCGCCGCCGAAAACGCAGCGCAAUAAGCAUACAGUUGUUUUUCUACACGUGUACAAAGACCACAAUACGCAGCUAAACGCAAACGUCGUUGUCGCAUUAUUACAGCUAAAAAAGGAAGCAGAGUGGCAUACAAAAUAAUAUCAUUGCAAAAAAAGUGAAAUUAAGUGUUUAAAAAAAAAAAGAAAGGAAAAGAAAAGAAACCAUAAAAAAACAUGAACAUGACAUGGCCGCGUCUCGUUUACACAAUAACUCAAAAUUAAUUUAAUAUGCUGGCAAAUGAGCAAAGCGAAAAGCAAGCUAAAAGGCUCUGAAUCGCGUAGGAGCUCCUGAACGGCUGCUGUUAUCGCCAUGGCCGCCGCAUCUGCUGGCCAGCAACAGCAGCAACAUCAGCACCAGCACAAGCUGAACAUAGCUGGGAGUGCUGAGACGGUGGUCAGCGGUAUGCACCAUCAGCAGCAACAUCACCAGCAGCAGCAACAGCAGCAGCAGCAUCAGCAUCAACAGAUCAAUAUGUUCAAGCAGCAGCAGCAGCAAAUGUUGCCUUUGCAGCAGCAACAUCAUCAGUUUUUCCAGCAGCAACAGACAAAAUUUGUAUCGCGGGUCGUUACAAGUGCAGCGGUGCAACAGCAGCAACAUCUCCAGCAACAGCAGCAGCAACAGCAGCAACAGCAACAGAUAUUACCAGCUGGCUUGGUAAACGGCAACGGCAACGGCAACAUGAUGCAAGUGGCAAAUCUGCAUCUGCAGCAGCAGCAGCAGCAACAACCGCAGCAGCGAAACAGUCAGCAGCACAUAUUUGUCUGCCCCACCAGCAACCAGCAACUUCUUCUGCAACAGCAACAACAUCAGCAGCAGCAGCAGCAACAACAGCAACAAACCAAACAGCGCCAGGCGCAAAUAAAGUUGCCAAUAAAGUCAGCGGCAACAACGGGAGUAACGGCAGCAACUGUUGCUGCUGCAACUGCUACUGCUACUGGGGCAACGCAUUGCAUGUCCACAACAACAACAAAUGCGGCGCGUCAAAUGAGUCAGAACAAUCAGCUCUAUGCCAAGAAUGUUGCCAAAGCCAACAAUGCCAGUAGCAAUGGCCAUCACAUCAACAGGAAGACGGCCACUAGCUACAAUGGAAAUUUGGCCCCCGGCUGGCGUCGCCUGACCAACAACAAUGAGGUGGCCUAUAUCAGCCCCUCGGGCAAAACGCUGCGCACGCAGUUCCAGAUCAAGGACUAUCUGCUCACACAGGGUACCUGCAAGUGCGGCCUGCCGUGUCCGCUGCGCCCGGAAUUCCUAUUCGACUUUAAUGCCCAGGUGCCCAACAUGCCGCUCAAGUUGCCAACGGAGGCGUCAACGGCGAUGCCAACACCUUGCCUGCACCAGCGGCGAUUUCUUGAAUCUCAGCAGCUUCAGCUGCCACCGCAGCCAUCCCAAAUGCAACAGCAACAUCUACAGCAGCAGCAGCAGCAACAACAGCAGCAGCAUCAGCAACAACAGGCUGUCAAAGAUGUAUCUGUAUCUGUAGCCGUAUCCGUAUCUGGGCCAGCAGCUGUCAGCGAUGUGUUCUCCACGCUGAUGACAUCGACGGCGAGAACGACGACAACGGCGACACCAACAGCAGCAACAUCAACAGCAGCAGAACAGGCGGCAACAACCACCACACACGAAAUGGCCAACAAAGACGCUGAUUGCCACAAGUACGGCAAUAACAAAUUACCUGCCUCAAAUCGGACGGCGACCACGCCUACGCCCACGCCAGCUCCAACGCCCCCGCCUCAGCAUUCAACUAGUCAAGCAUUAGCAUUAGGCGGCGUUCCAGUUGGCGGACACCAGUCCAAGCGUCCAACUGGUGGCCAUGUGAUAAAGCAGCCAUCCUCCGUUCUUGGGCCACCAUCCACGCCGGCCAUGGCUGCCGGUGGAGCGGUCACAGUCAUCCAACAGCAGCAACCCAACUUUAAGGACGAUCCUGCUGGCUAUCUGCAACAGCAAACAGCACUGCUGCACACCAGCCUUGGAGUCGGUUUGGAUGCAACGAAAACGGCGCCGGGAACUGCCACUGCGAGAGCUCUGCCCCAAGAACCCAUCGUUCACAGCUCGCAGCAGCUGCAGCAGCAGCAGCAACAAGUGCAGCAACAGCAACAUCUGCAGCAGCUGCAGCGCCAAAAGAUCCGUCGUCUGUCGCUCUUCGGGAAAUGGGAAACGGAUCCUGCACCCGCCCCCAACUCGCAACCAACAAGUGGAACACGAACACUGCAAGUGGAUGCUGCCGCCUUCGCACGCCCCCAGAAACCACAGAUCACUGGCGUAACACUGGUGCCAGCUCCCCAGGAGUCUCCCGUAUCGAGUAGCGCAGCCGAGACGCUAGAGAAGCGACCCGAGCAGGUGGGCGCCAUAUCCACCAGUCACGAGAGUCCGCGGCAGAGUCUAUCGUCGCCCACGGAUUCGGUUGACUCGGCUAAGAGCACGCCCUCAGCUUCACCUAAACCCCAAACGCAUGUGCCACUGCAGCCGCAGUUGCUGCAGAUGCGUCCGCAUCUCCAGGCGAAUCUUUCCGCUCAAGCGCCCGUCAGUGUGCCCGCCCACGUGCGGGUUAUGCGCCAGCAGCAGGCUCAGAUCAUUCCCGGCCAGCGAUUGCCAGUGGCCAGCAGCAGUGCUGCGAUGGCCACGAUGACCAGGAGCAUAGUGACCUCCACGGCGGGCACGAGUACGAUCACAGGGCGGCCUGUGGCCACCACUUUAACCAACUCGAAUCCCACUGUGGCGCAGCUGCAAUCCAUGGCGAAUGCCAUGAAUGGAGCAGGUGGUGGUGGACAAUUGAUAAUGACUUCAUCGGGACAACUACUGGUCAUACCGACGGCCAGCAAGCAGGCCACGCAGCAUCAUCGCCCUGGUCAGCCCGGACAAGGUGUCAUCAUCCAGCAACAGCAGCCGGCGGAGUUGCAUCCCCAACCGGGUGGUGGCUAUAUCGUCAGCCAGCCCUCACCGGUGGCAGCGGCUAGCUCUAGCAGCAGCAGCAGCACUGUGAUCUUGAACUCUGGCGGAGCCAAGCUGCUGCACCACCAGAUCAUCACCUCGCAAGCUGGCCAGAUUAAUCAAGCGACUGCAGGAGGAGCAGGAAAUCAGACGCAGACGGUGCUACUCAACACACUGCCCAAUGGCGGUUACAUUGUCCAACAGCAACCGCAAUCGCAGAUGCCACAGCAGGCGGAACAGAUCCUGGCGAUGCCACAACCGCCGCCGGCGCAAACACUCAUCAUCAGCUCGCCGGACACGAAGAGAAGAGCGCGGAAGCGCAAAAGCUCUGUAUGCCAUACACCGCCGCCGAGUGGAUCGCCCGCCAAAAUCAUUUCGCCCCAGAUCUCGCCCAGCAUCCCAAGCCAGGCACCGGCUCUGCUUCAUCAGCAGUCAGCUGCAGCGGCGGCUGCUGCACCACAAUUCCAACAGCAAUUCCAAUUGAGUCCUGGCAUUCAGGGCAUCGUCGUAAACAAACCGAAUCCUCCACAGCCUCAGCAGCCACAACAGCUUCUGCUCCAGAACGGUCAAAUCUUGCAACAGGUUAAUCUCAUUGGACAGCAGCUUCUUAUGCCGGCCGGACUGGUGAUGGGACCGGAUGCCACACUUUUACAGAUCCAGAAUAUGCCCGCAACCAGUUUGAUGACGCCGCAGGGUCCCGUGAUGCUGAGAACGCCAUCGCCACAAAACAAGCCCUCCUUCAUUUCCCCGAGUGCCGGGGGACAACAGUACUUAGUGGGCGCCAAUGGACAGUUGAGUCCCAUCGGUCAGAUCUACUCCACGCCCAUGGGUCUGGUCAUGCCAACCGGUCAGCAAGGAGGUGCAUCCUUUGUGCAGGCUAGUCCCACGACAACAACAAUACAGAUCCAGCAGCAGCCAGCCCCGCAGCCUACGCAGAUCAGUUUACAGCCAGCACAGGCCACCUACAUGACCGAGACGGUGAUGAGUCGCCAGGGAACGGCCGCCAGUCCGCCGGACACAACCACCUGUAGUCCACGCAGUCCGGAGCGACCUUCCAGCCAUCGAAGCAGUGGCAGCGAUAUGGUGCAAUGCGUAUCCAGUUCGGAGCCGGAUGCAGCUGUCUCUCCACAAAGUAGUGAAAGUCGGCAGUCACCCUCUUCGACGGACUGUGAGAGGAGCAUUUGUAAGAACAAUGUGUUUACCCAGCCCAGUGGGAUCUACAAGCACUCGGAGCCAAAGAUCAGACGCAUCCACAUUACCUCGCAGACGUCGGCGGAGAAUGGAAUUAGCCUGAUGCAGGGACAAGGUAUGCGACUGGCGACAUCUAACACAAACUCCACCUCCGCAUCCAUGUCAAUAACAUCGUCAUCGUCGGCACCACAACUAACCACAACUGCUAUGGCUGGUCAACGCCAGCUUCUGCACCGCCAGCAGGCCGUGCACCUACACACAUCUCCAAACAUCUCCAACAGCCAUCCAACAAACACCUUCCUUCAUAGCCACAAAGUAGUUAACUUUGACUACCAGGAGUCGCCCACCACAACGCAGCUGCUUACAUCAGUUCCAACUGCUCCACCAACAGUGGAGAAGACGACAAUCAGGACGCCCACGAAACGUUCGCGUCGCCCGCAACGUGGGGCUGCGCGUGCGGCGCCCUCGACGUCCGAUAGAAGUUUCCAGCUGCCACCACGAUCCUUUGCCAUUGGGGAGCUGAUAUGGGGUCCGGCUCGGGGCCAUCCCGCCUGGCCCGGCAAGAUCGUCAAGAUGCCAGACGGAGUGUGCACGCCGUCGCAGCAGUUCGAUCACGUCUGGGUUCAGUGGUUCGGCGGCGGCGGGCGUUCGACCUCCGAACUGAUUCCGGUCAACUCAUUGCAGAGUCUCUCCGAGGGUCUGGAAGCACAUCACAAGGCCCAGAAGGAUACGAGAAAGAGCCGCAAACUGAACUCGCAGCUCGAGCGGGCCAUACAAGAAGCAAUGACUGAGUUGGAUAACAUUUCAGCCUCCACAACACCCGCAGCCACAUCCUCGUCAUCAGCAACCAUCGCUGCUGUUCCCGCAUCAGCAGGACCUGCAGCUGUGAUUGCCGGACAGCAGCAGCAGUAUCAGCAGCAACAACAGCAACAACAGCAGCAACAGCAGCAGUCGCCCUCUUCAACGAACAACAAAAUAAAUGGACUCGCGCGGAGCAAGCGGCAGGCGAACACAAGUGGGGCCAGCAUGGUGCUGACCACCAGCACGGCGGCCACAUUGAGUGGCCUCUUCAAUCAGCAGCGAGCCAAACCCAUACGCAUUGCGCCGGCUCCACCGGUGGUCACAACGGGCACGGGAAACAUUGGAACGAUACCAGCAUCUGGAGCAGCAGCAGCACUAGCAGCAUCAGCAGCUUCAGCUGGAACCGGGAACACUUUGGCCCGUUCCGAGAUCCUAAAGCUGGCCAAAUGACCAGCGCUGUCGACGUUGUCGUCGACAUCCAGCUACACCCUCGUUAUCGGGCAUAAGUAGUGGGCGGCAGGAGGAGGAGAAGGAGGAGAUGCCGCCAGGCCAUACAUAUAGAUAUCCAUAUGCGACGAUACGAGUACAUAGAGUUUAGUGUUAGGUGUCAGGCCUCAGCUUUGGAGUUUGUUGUUUUGUAUUCUUUAACAGACUCCCCGCUUAGUUGCGUCGCUGGGCGGCGCGCGCCACACUUUCGAAAUAGACAAUAAUAAGGCAGCAAGAUGAUGUUAAUGAAAAUCAAGUUACAAAGAGCAGUUCUAACAAUUAGCGAUAGGUUUGGCUUCUUAGACAAGCGCCUCGGCGCAAAAUUUGCGUUGUUUUGUAUAUAGUAAGCACCCCAAGCAACAGAUGUUCGUAUUUAAGUAUUUAUUUAUUGCAUAUAAAUUCUUGGUUUCUAUAGGUUUUGUUUUCGUUGCAAUUUAUAGACCUACCAAUUAUUUGUAUAAAUAGGUAACCUAAGCUGAUACUUAGCCACUAAGUUUAAAGAACAUCCAAAACAAUUACAUUUGCCUUGUCAAGCAAAUAAUAUCAAAUCAAAAGCAGCUACUGAUUUUCAUUUAUUGUGAUUGCACAAAUUGUUUUUUAAACUCUAGAAGAACAAAUUAUUUAUGUCAAACACAAACAACAAAAAAUACCAUGAGAAAAUUAGAACGGGUUGAGAUAAAUUAUAUUUAUAAAUUGUUAUUAUUUAUUUAGUUGAAACUAUUGUAAAAUUAUAAUUGUAAAACAAAAAAUGAAAUCACACUUAGCGGAACCACACGGAGCAAAUAAAAAGUAAAAAACAAGAGAA